CCAGGGAUCACUACGACUGCGAAGUGCUCGCCCGUCUGCCCACAAUGGAUCCCCAAACCGCCGCGAGACUGCAAGUCGUAUCCGAGGAGUACCAGAAGCUGCAGGGCGAUCUUUCGAACACGGUCGAAGCGCGUCAGAAAUUGGAUGCGCAAUUGGGAGAAAACGAGCUGGUGAAGAAAGAAUUCGACCAAUUGACACCCAACGACGUGGUCUACAAGCAGGUCGGGCCUGUCCUCGUGAAGCAAGAUCAAGCCGACGCCAAAAACAACGUACAAACCCGGCUGGAGUUCAUCAAGAGCGAGAUUAAACGGGUAGAGACGCAGUUACAGGAUAUUCAAAACAAGUCGAACAGCAAGAAAAACGAGCUUGUCGAGAUCCAAGCCGCCUUCCAGCAAGCCCAGCAGGCCGCCUCUCCGAAUACGACCGCGCCAGCCAUCACGGCAUGAAGAGGGGCAGCCUUUCGCGCAGAGGGAGAGUGGAUUAAGCUUUUGGGGGGAUCUCUGCGACGGGUGCUGCUGCUGCUGCGUGACCGAGCGCCGCCCUGCGGGCUUCCCGUUCCUUCUCCGGACUCUGCAGCACCCGCUCGAGUCUGAAGUGUUUCGUCUUGGUAAUGCGAGGGCAGUUGCGAAUUAAGACCACGUCGUCCAUGCG